CAGUGUCAGUCUUUACUGCAGUUUUGGUAUUCUUUUCAUGAACAAGGAAGCUCAGAAUGAACAGACAAGAAAUAGAAGUAGACUAAUAACGAAGGCAGCAAGAGCCGCUGAGAAGCAGAGCCGUGUGGGUGCAAAAGCCAAAAGCUCUUCUCCGAGCAGGUGACGACUGCCACGACAAAGAGACGCCCGUCCUGACUCUCCACAAUGUCCGCCCGGAUCGCCCUGUGCGCCUUCCUCCACGCUCACCUCCCUGUAGCAGAUGCACAAUUUUUUGGUCUGACGGAUCCCAGAUACUGUUACCUUUUGGAUGGGAUAUUAUUUUUUUAUUCGAUCAUUGUUACUGCGCUUUUCUUUAGAGAGAAGCUGAUAAAGCGAGGUCCAGUGAACGGUGAUGAGAGGGCAGAACAGACGUACAGCAAACUUCAAAAUCGUGGCCAAGAGGCUUAUGAUAAGAUCAAUAUUGCUGGAAAUGCAGAAAAAGUAAUGACCAGACAGAUGAAGAGUCCGGAUAAUUCCGUCUAUCACGGCCUGCAGAGAGACAAGAUGAGCGAUCCCUACAGCGACAUCAGAGUCAAGCAGCAACCCAGAAGAAAAGGGAAAGGAAAUGACGCCGUCUAUCAGGGAUUAAGUGCAGCCCGAGACACAUACGACGCUCUGCAGAUGCAGCCUUUGCACUGAGGGAACCGCAAAAGGAAGAUUUCAACCCGGAGUUCUUCAGAAAUCAUAAAAAAAAUAUAUUUUUUAAUUCUUUUACGUUAUUCAAAAAGAAGCGAGACUUAAUCUAAAAUGCAAAGCACAGGCUAAAAGGUGGGGGUGGGGUGGAUCUGAAAAAACAUUGCGGCUUUUACCUAAAAACAGGGCCCCCCCUGUCCACAGGUUGCGUACGGUAUUGCAUGGAGCUGAGCUGCAAUACCAGACACAACCCAUGGACAGGUGGGCGCUGUUUCUGUCAGAAAGGAGACAUUUUUUCGUUUUGCCUCCCGGCUGGUCUGUAUGAACAUCUAGGUCAUAGCAGGCGCACACACGGCGUACCGCACCGUUGCCUCGGCAUUCGUUUCAUACAAAAUUGUAUCUACUUAUCACACCUUUUUCUAAGUUUAUAUCCGCUUAAAACCACGCGCAACCUUGCAAAAACUUUGCUUGACCUAUCUGGUACGAAUUAGGAGUUACAAUAAACUUUAUACUCCAGUCACACCCCAAGCAAAAAUGCUAACUUCCGCCAAUGCCCUGUUGCUAGUGCAUUGUGGGAGCCCAUACAAUAUCCAUUAAGAUUAAAAGACACGAGGAAGAUCCUGAAUUCAGCUUUGGCUGUGACUGGAGUAUAAGAUCUAAGCUCAGAACAUGACGUGUAAGAUACACUGAAGGAGGUCUGCGGGGUCAGAGAUCUUCUGGACGGCCUCAUCCAGUCUACGGGCCGAUUGUAAAUGACUUUUUUGGCUGUAAAUAUUUUUCUUGAUUUCUGCAUUGAAUUUAAUAUAUGAAGCGUUUUGAAAAAUCUGUAUUAUUGGGAAUAAUUAAUUUUUAAAAAAAUCGACAUAUAAACGCCAUAAAGAAUUACCGUAUUUCUUGGACUACAAGAUGAAGAAAUCUGGAGGUUGUUAGGUCAUUUCUUGGCUCCCACGGGACAAGUUUUGACCCUUCCUGAAUCUUUUUAAAAAUGUUUUGAAUGGAGUCAAAAUGCUAUAUUUCUAUGGCGCGGACGUAACAUGGACUCGAAGUGGAUGACAACCCUCUAUAUACCCAAUGCAAAAGGACGUCAGAGUGGGGGGGGGGGGGCGCAUAUCCAUUUGGAAAGCCACCGGGACCGACCAACCUGCUCCUUACAUGACCGGACGGACCCGCAGAGGUCGGCCAGCUUCGGUUUUCAAAAAGAUUAUUUAUUGGUCAACCCAUUUACAUGCACACGAACAUUGUUUGUUUCAGUGUCUGUUCCGUUUUGUUUCUUUUUGCAGAUAGGAUGUGCGCCCACUCAUUUCAAUGGGUCUGCAUCAGUGCGCUGUCCGCAUCAGUAUGUCCGUU